AUGGUUAACGAUGAGGUCUUGAGAUCGCUGGCUGCAGGCGGUGUGGCGGGCACGUGUACCGACCUGGUCUUCUUUCCUAUCGAUACGGUCAAGACGAGGCUGCAAGCCAAGGGAGGAUUUUUCACCAACGGAGGCUGGCAUGGUAUCUACCACGGCGUAGGGUCAACAAUUGUCGCUUCCGCCCCGGGUGCGGCUCUGUUUUUUAUGUGCUACGACUAUGGUAAACGUACUCUUCCCGAGUACUCUUACUUUAAGGAUAGUCCUGCAAUGAUCCAUAUGACGUCGGCUUCGAUCGGUGAGAUUGCCGCUUGCAGCGUUCGAGUGCCCUCUGAGGUGGUCAAACAGCGCGUUCAGACGGGGCAGCAUGUUUCGUCGUGGAUCUCCUUCACUAAUAUUCUGAAAAACCAGUCGGGCGAGGGCGUGUUCAGAGGGCUUUACCGCGGGUACUUUACGGCUAUUAUGCGAGAGAUUCCUUUCACCAUGGUCCAAUUUCCACUGUACGAGAAAAUGAAGUCGGUGUGGGCAAAUGCUCGUGGGGUGAAAAAGGUUGACCCUUUGAGCGGUGCUCUCUGUGGGUCCGUCGCUGGUGGUAUCGCGGCAGCCGCUACGACUCCAUUGGACGUACUCAAAACCCGGCUUAUACUUAAUAGACACGGCGAAACUUUUGGUGAAACAUUGAGGGAUAUUUACAAAGAUGGUUCAGCCACAUUCUUCCGCGGUAUUGUGCCCAGAACCUUGUGGAUCAGUGCUGGAGGCGCGGUGUUCCUUGGCAUGUAUGAAGUUGCAAGCUCGCUUUUGUACAGAGACAACUGA